UGUAAGAUGAUACCUGCGCGUGUGGGUGCACUGUACUGUAGCCUAUUAGCUCGAGCUCACACUCCCUCUCCUGUUCCGGUUACCCGGUGAAUGAUAUCAACAGAGCGUUUUGCCUGUUCCGUACUGAGGGAAAGAGCACGCUUGAAAGGAGAAUAACAUGAAACCGCACAACUGAACGACAGCCAGAGCGCAUGGAACCAGGGAAAAUAUAGACUACCCACAGCAACACUCACGUUUGAGGUUUCACCGGCGGAAAGAGCAAAUUGACAGGACAACGGGAGGACUGUUUAUUCAAGUUGGACGGAUGAUUUAGCGAACAUAAUUGAGUAGACUGCCCGGCGGAUGAUAAGCGUCCGGGACCGGUGCUGUCGAUUGUGCGAGGAGGCAAGUUAACGUUACCGGAGGAAGAUGAAGUCGGCUGGGGUGGUGGAAGGAGGACUGUUCACAGAGAGUUACUGCAACAUCUGUAAUGCCCAACUUAUCUCCGAGUCGCAACGCACAGCACACUAUGAGAGUAAGAAACAUGCCAAUAAGGUCCGUCUCUUCUACAUGUUACACCCAGAAGACGGAGGCCCACCUUCCAAGAGACUGAGACCAGACAACCCAGACAGUGCAGAGACAGAGGUGGACAGCAAUAAGUGCUGUACAUUAUGUAAUAUGUUCUUCACGUCGGCCAUCGUGGCCCAGUCUCACUACCAGGGCAAGACACAUGCCAAGAGAGUACGACUGGUACUGGGAGAAACACCCAGCUUACCUACUGCUACCAACAGCCCUACCACCACAGACUCAUCCCCCUCCACCCCCCAGCCCAGCGACUCCACCCCUGCCCCUCCUGCCCUACCAAGGCCCUCCUCUCUAGCACCCCCGGUGGCAGUGGUGGGUAGUGGUGGUGGUAGUGGUGAGACAGGGAAGUACUGCUGUCUGUGUGGAGCAUGGUUCAACAACCCUCUGAUGGCCCAGCAACACUAUGAGGGGAAAAAACAUCGCAGGAACGCAGCCAGAGCACAACUACUGGAGCAGCUAGCUGGCAGUCUGGACGCUACCGAAACUACAGGUCUCCGCAGCAGAUACUCCUGCAGUGUAUGUAGUGUUGUGUUGAACUCCAUUGAACAGUACCACGCACACCUCCGGGGCUCCAAGCACCAGAACAACUUGAAGCAGGUCCAGCAGUGAAGCACUGGAACCAGAGAGCUGUAGACAAGUGGAGAAUGGGAAAAUGG